AUGGGCGGUACCAAGAGUUUCGUGAUGAAUCCGUUCCCGUCAAUGGAACUAUCGUCGGGUGAUAAGGAGCAAUUACAAAAGACUGCGGCCAACUUCCUUGCCGAAUCCAUGCAAUUGUACGAGACAUAUCUCAAAGACGAUGAUCGUAAAGUAGACGAGCGCCGUUGGAAACCCAUCAAGAUGAAAGAAAACCUGCGGUUAUAUCUCGAGAGGGAGGUACGUACAACGACGGACGGUAAUUUCUCCAUGAUGAACGAAGCGUCAGAGCAGGCUGGUACAUCGGUAACAAUGUGCGUCGGCACAAUGCAGGGCAACCUCGAGGACGUUGUAUUUGGUACAGUGAGCUCGACUUCAGAGGAUAUGUGCUUCAAUGCCACCUACGUCGAUGACCUUACGGGAGCAGCAGUUCUGGCCACUGUUGUCGAGCCCACCGUCGAAGAACCGUUGCAGACACUUGCACUCAAGUGGAUGGAGGUAAAUCUACCCCUGCAUUCGAACAAGCGCGACUUUGUGUUCAUUGAAGCCACGGGGUUCACGCAACUUGGUAACGGAGAGCGCGUGGGAUAUCGGUUGAUGUAUUCGAUUGGCUUUCCGCAAACGGCAGAGCUUCCGAACCGCGUUCGUGCUACCGUCAAUGUCUUUUUCCUCUAUCGACAGGACCACGACCAGUGCGUUGAUAUGUUUGCAUCCGGUGUCGUGGCUAACGGGUCAAACGUCGAAUCGUUCCUUGUCUCGGCGUGGGCCAUGAAGUUGUUCACGUCGCUUAAAUUCGCUCACUGUGGUGAGAUGAAGAAGCUUGCAUGGCUCAUGCAACGACGUUACGCUUUGGAUAAGCAGCAUGGUGCCCCCGCUGGAGAAGGCGAGUGCACAAACUGUGGCAUUCCCAUCAGUUCCAAAAUCUUUGGCAAGUUUGGUCGGUCUCGUGAUUCCUGCAAACUCUGCCAUCGACUCGUGUGUGGGACUUGUCGCGUCAAAAAGCGGCUGCAUUUCGUGACAUUGGAAUUGACAUUCGAGGAGCGUUCAACGUCCUUCUGUCCCUCCUGCAUCAAGGAGGGUUUCGACCUCAACACGGAAGAGGCCGCUCGCGCUCAGAUUGCAAGCAACAAAUACCAGUGCGUCUACUCAGGCACAGACUAUUCGUUUGCCAGCUCUUCCGACUUGGAGCGCACCCACACUGAUAACAAGACAAGUCUCUCCCUAUUAAAUUUGUCUGCAAAAGACCUCGAGUAG